AUGAAAAGACAGAGAAACAAUGUAUUUGAGAGUUCGUCAGAGUCUGAACUGGAACCAAUUCUAAAACCUAUCCCGAAACGAUCAUUCAAACCACCUGAUGAAAGUAAAUUAGAGUUGGAAAAUGUACAGAGUCGUUCUAACGAUGAUUAUAUGAAAUAUCCAUUUGAUGAUGAUUCCUUAAUCAAAGAAGAAAUAGUUCAACCUUCGCUAAAAACAUCAAUCAUAAACCAGAAUAAGUCUAGUUCUAAAUCAAUUGGACUUUCAAUUAUGGAAAAAAUGGGGUAUACUAUAGGAACUUCUCUUGGGAAAGAAAAUUCUACAGCCUUAUUAGAGCCAAUUAGUAUUGAAGUUAAAACUGAUAACAUGGGUCUAGGAGCUCCCAAGAAGAUCAUAUUAACAGAUAAGGAUUACUCCAUAUAUACAAAGGAUAGAAUUGAUAAUCGAUUGACUAAUAAGAAUAAAAAGCAAGUGAAUAGUAUUAUGAAACUAUGUUUUGAAUUGAGUGGAGAAGCUGAUAAAUUUCAUCAAGAUCACAUCAUUGAUAAUGUUAACCUACUUUGGAGAGAAUACGUUCAGAAAUUCAUCUUAAAAGAGAAAAUCGAAGACUACGAUGAUUAUGAUGAUAAAUUAUUAAAAUUAAUUCAUUACUUGAGGACUAAUCAUAACUAUUGCUGGUAUUGUGGUUGUAGUUAUAAAGAUGACAAAGAUCUUGAUGAUUUCUGCCCAGGAUCACUAGAAACUGAUCAUGCAUAG